UUUCCUAUACAUGGACAAACCAUGUCUGUAUAGCGUUUUAGAGUGGAAAUGGCACUUGAAAUUUCCAUGAGCCACAAGUGAGAUUUACUGAAAUGCACAUAUGAAAAGUUAAAAUGCUGGUUGUUUAAUAGAGGAAAAAAACAUCACUGUUUUCAAUUGUGUUAUUUUGAGAAGAAAAUCGUAGCUGCAAUUUUAGCACAGUAUGGAAAAAAAAUCUGCUGGAUUCAGAAUUUAAAUAGAACAAUGUAAACUGAUGGGAAAUUGCAGAAAAUAAAUGUUACUAAAUUAGUUGGACUUGGUUUGACCAUAUCAGUUAACAAGAAUGUUUCUGUAGGCUGUUCUAUGAGAAGUCCUCAUCAUGAGGGAUUUGUAGGCUGUUUGUAAUGUAAUGUGCAUAGUAGUGUAUUUCCUUCUGUGUAACUGGUUUUGAUAUGUUUUGAUGUGCAAAUCAUAUUAAAUAAAAUGUUUGCAAUUAACUGUCUCUUUGUUUAUCAAAGGUGCUCUUAAGGCAAUUCAGAUGUACUUCAUUUAAUACCGAAAAGCUCUGAAACAACUAGAAAACCAGUCACGGCCUAAUUUGACAUUUGUGUUUUAUUCCGUUUUAGAUGGAUCAUCAUAGCUGUGGACUUCAAAGAGCUGCAAGGGAAUUUGAUUUCUCUAAAGCAGUCUUUGAAUAAUAAAAACAUUUUGUGUCACAUUUGGUCACAUGUCAAAGGUGUCCUGUUGGCCAUUUAAAGUACAUUUGACUCAUUGCCAUUGUGGUCACAAGGUGAUAGACAUGGUCACUAACAAUACACAGGUUGGCUGUGGCAUUUAAACAAUGCUCAGCAUUAACCCUAGAACACUUUUGCUGGGUGAUUUUCAUCUGCGCAAAUACAUUUACAUGAUUUCUCUCUCCUGCAGCUUUUAGCACGUCGAGGAGACUGUGCCUUUACCAGGGAAGUCUCAAAUGUCCCAGGAAAGGGUAGACCAAAGACCAGCUUUUCAGUGUCAUUAUUUUUUUGUUUAGGAAUUUUUUUGUUCUUGAAUUCCUAAUUUUUCUGUUUUCUAGCAUUAUUUUAGGGUCCCCCCGUGACACGUUUGUUUUCAUUUUGUUAGACAUGGCACAGUUGAAAAUAAAAGAAGACCACACUAGUUUGUCAUGUUGUGAUAUUUUGAUAUAUUUUGAUGACAUACUUUUUGUUGAUCUUAUUAUAUAAUGGGUAAAUAUCACCUGGCAGUAGUGAUUGUGUUACUAUUUAUUGCGAUAGUGUUCUAGGGUUAAGCAGCCCAAACUGUGCCUAGAAAAUAUGCCACACAUGAUAUCACCACCAACACCAACAUUUGUUUUAAUGUUUAGAUCAAAUUCUGAUCCUACCAUCUGAAUGUUACAGCACAAAUUGAGACCCACCAGACCAGGCAACGUUUUUCUAACCUUUUAAUUUGAUGAGAUACCCAGUAAGAUUUUCUUCUGUAGCCCAUCUUUCUUCAAAGUUCAACAUUUAGAGAUGCUCUUCUGUAUAUCUUGUUUAUUGCACCCUGGUCAUUCUCCUCUGACAUUGAGACAUUUUCACCCAGAGAACUGCAGCAACUCUUUUCUGAUCAUUCUCAGUAAACCCCAAAAUAUGGUUGUGAGGGAAAAUUCCAGUAGGUCAGCAGUGUCUAAGAUUCUCAGACCAACAACCAUGCCACGUUCAAAGUCAUCCAAAUCUCCUUUUUCCCCUCAUUGUGAUGCUUUGUUUGAACGUCAGAAGGUCAUCUCGACCAUGUCCACAUGUCUUCAUGUAUGAGUUGGUACCAUGUGAUUAGCUGAAUAAAUAUUUGCGUUCGGGAACAGGUGUACCUAAUGAAGUGGCCGGUUAGGUUUUGGACUGAAUUGACUGCUUCUGAGAACAGCCAAAUUAAAAGAGGUGUCACUCUACUUUUUUUUCGGGAUAUCGCUAACGACAUGGAAUGAAGAAGGAGAUAAAGUUUACUAAACAUAAAAUAAUUUAAGUAAAAGAACCAUUGAGAUACUUUCAACCUGUCAUACUUAAUAACUUUUGGGGCAGAAUUAACAGAGGGGCGCUCAAACGCGAAGGCAGAAGACGGAUUUUGUGCUGGUGUGUUGCAUCUUUUAGCAUGAACGAUCUUUUCCGUGACGUACGUUUUGCGCGAAACUCGGAUCUGGAAAGCUAAAGUGGAGUAGUUGGAAAUGAGUAAAAAAGAUAACGGGGCGGGCGUCAUCCUUGCCUACCUAAAUGAGAAGAACCGGCCCUAUAGCGCUCAGGAUGUCUUCUCUAAUUUACAAAAGCAACAUGGUCUGGGCAAAACGGCAGUGGUCAAAGCCAUGGAGCUGCUGGCCCUGGAAGGCAAGAUAAAGGAGAAAAUAUAUGGCAAGCAAAAGAUUUAUUUUGCUGACCAGGCUCAGUUCAAAGAUGUGAACGAUGCAGACCUGAAGGCAAUGGACCAUCAGAUCUCAGAGCUCAGUGAAGAGGUGCAAUCCCUUACCCAGAGCUGCAGGCAGCUGGAUGCAGAACUGAAGGAGCUAAACAGCUCCCUUACAACAGAGGAAAUGGUGUCAGAGAUCCAGGAGCUAAAAGCAGAGUGUUCUGGGUACAGAGCCCGACUGGAGAAGAUAAAGUCGGCCUCAAAUCACAUCACGCCAGAGGAGAAGGACAAGGUUUAUAAAGAACGAGAUCUCUACGUUAAAGAGUGGAAAAAGAGGAAGAGACUGGCUUCAGACAUGACAAAUGCAAUCCUCGAGGGUUAUCCAAAGAGCAAAAAGGAGUUCCUGGAAGAAGUUGGAGUGGAGACUGAUGAGGACUGUAAAGUAGUUCUUCCAAAUACUUGAACAAGAAAGUUCUUUUACAGUCACCUUGCCACUAAUCUAAGCAAAUGGAUUACACAGGAAAGCAAUCUGAAGCCCAGAGAAUACUUUAUUUAUGGCCCUUUUUUUGAAUAAAUAGUUCAACUUUAAUAAAUGCUUUAAUUGAAAAAAAGUUCAUAACUGAAAGUAUGUUUUUAUAAAAAACUGCUUUGUUGCUUGUGAAACUCUUAAGACUUUCACAUCAAUUAACACAGUCAUGCUCUUCACCUCAAAGGCAACGCUGGUUUAAAUUGUCCCUUUUAAACAGAUUUAACCAAUCCUGAGCUUUCCAGUGAAAAUGUCAAGGCUUUAUUUAAAUGUUUAAAAUCUAUACAUUGUUGUUCUUGUUCAACUCCAUCUUGCUUUUAUUUUCUGAAAGCAUAAAUUAAAAUGUAUAAUGUAUAUAUCUAUAUUUUUGAAUUACAGUUGUACUGUUUUCUGCUUAUUAAAUGUUCAAGACCAUAAAUUCUGAUGCUGAAGCGCCACAAUUGUUUGUUUAAUUCUUGUGAAGCAUAAAUAAAAAAUGAAAUUAGCUGCACAGUUGGGAACCACUGCCUAGCUUUAUGAUUUUUCCUGUUAUUGUUAUGCACAGAUGCUCCAUUUCCACAUAAUUUGGAUGACAAAAAAAACCCCUCAGUGGCCACUUUAUUAGGCAAACCUAUGAAAUUAAAUACAAUCAAAUACAUAGUGUUCUCUCAGAGGUACAGAUUUAAAACCUAUUAAAUAUUCAACCUCCUUGGAUUGUCAAUUAAAAACGUCAACAUUCAACACCACAGCAAACUACAACACUAACAGAGCUGUACAUUAAUGCAUAGAUGACACCCAUCUGCUGGUGUACAUUUAAAGAAAGAAAAAAAUGUUAUAAAGCAGAAUUUAAGGCUCAGAUUUCAGACUGGAUUUUACAGGGGGGGUAACUAAAAGUGGCCACUGAGUGUACAUGGCUUGUAUAAUAGAAUUAUUAAUACACUUGAAACAACUUAAGCCAGUUACAAAAAAAAAACAUUU